AUGGCUAAAGAAGAUUGGCCAAGAGGUAAAAGAGAAGCAAAUAAAACACCUCGAUGGGACAAUAGAGCAGGUGUCCGUCCAGACAACCGCCCGUCUACUAAAGAAGGCUCUUAUCCUGUAAGGGAAGCAAUGGCGUCUCCUAGCAGCCAAUUUCCUCUUCAAGACUUAUUGCCAAAGCAAGAAACUGCAGCGGAUCGAUUUCUACGCCAAUAUCCUGACUAUGAUGGUCGAGGUACGAUCAUUGCUAUCUUUGAUACCGGUGUUGAUCCUGGAGCGGAUGGUUUACAGAUGACUAGUGAUGGCCGACGUAAAAUUAUCGAUUGUAUUGAUUGCACUGGAAGCGGUGAUGUCGAUACUUCAACAGUUUCUUCAAUCGACGAUGAUGGCUGCGUAACUGGAUUAACAGGACGAAAAUUACAGAUUCCAGCCGAAUGGGAAAAUCCAACCGGUAAAUUUCACCUUGGUAUCAAGCAUGCAACAGAAUUAUUCCCAUCUCCACUUUGCGAUCGACUCAAGAAAGAAUAUCGCAAGAAAAAAUGGGCACCUAGCCAUUCCAAAUGUACUGCUGAUGCAAUAAGAGAGCUCCAACAGUCUGAAAGUAAAGGGCAAAAGCAGACGUUUCUAGAUGAGCUUAUGCGUGAAGAAUUACAACAGCGAACUGAACAAUUAAAAAAUUUAGAUAAAAUUGGCGAUGAAUCUCUACCAAUUUUUGAUUGCGUUGUCUUCCAUAAUGGUUCGGUUUGGAGAUACCGCUAUAACAUACUUGCAAUGAGAUUUAUUCGUACUAAAAUUUUUACACCAUUUUCUAGAGCUGUCAUCGACACAACAGAAACUGGCAAUCUAUCCAAAUGUACAGUUUUGCCCGAAUUUCGACUACAACCCGUAUAUGGAACAUUUGGCGAAGAUGAUUUAUUAAAUUAUACCAUAUCAGUAUAUGAUGAUGGAAACCGAUUAUCGAUAGUAACCAAUGCAGGAUCACAUGGCACUCAUGUAGCUUGUAUAACUUCGGGCUAUUUCGAAAGCACACCAGAAAAGAAUGGAAUUGCUCCUGGUGCUCAAAUCCUAUCCGUUAAAAUUGGAGACACCAGAUUAGAUUCCAUGGAAACGGGACCUGGUAUUGUUCGCGGGCUUAUUGCAAGUAAGAACUAUGGCUGUGACCUAAUUAAUAUGAGCUAUGGAGAAGCAUGCCAAAAGCCAAAUGAGGGACGCAUUAUGGAGCUAUGUAAUGAAUUUGUCGAUGAACAUGACAUUAUCAUGGUUUCAAGCGCUGGUAAUAAUGGGCCAGCAAUGUCAACUGUCGGAUCUCCUGGCGGUACUUGUUCUAGUGUUAUCAGCGUUGGAGCUCACGUUACUCCUAAAAUGAUGGCGGCCCAAUAUUCAUUGCUUGAAAGAGUACAAAGUAUGCAGUAUACGUGGACAUCCAGAGGACCAUGCAUUGAUGGUGCCUUAGGUGUUAGCAUUAGUGCUCCAGGUGGAGCAAUUGCUUCUGUACCUAAGUGGACCUUAAGUAGUUCACAACUCAUGAAUGGCACUUCAAUGUCAUCACCGAAUGCAUGUGGUGGUAUCGCUCUUAUAUUAUCUGGAUUGAAAGCUUGUCAAAUUCCGUUUUCUCCGUCAAGCGUUCGUCGUGCCGUUGAAAAUACCGCAUCAUCAAUCACAGGUGAAGAUCAUUUUUCCAUGGGCUAUGGCCUACUGCAGGUUGAUAAAGCUUUCGAGUAUAUACGAAAUUCUGUAGAUAAACUCAACAAUAACGUCCAUUUUGAGAUCACCUGUGGCAGCAGCUAUGAUAAACGAGGUAUAUACCUUAGGGAGCCUCAGGAAACGUCUUCAAUUUCUUAUCUACCUGUUCGAGUUCGACCGUGCUAUAAAAGUGAACUUGAUUUGAAACUUAAAGCCAAUUUAGAGUAUCGCAUUUCUCUGGUACCCACUGCAACAUGGAUUGAUGCACCAAAAUAUUUCAUGUUGAAUAAUAGCGCGCGGUCAUUCGAUAUUAAAGUUGAUACUAGCGAUCUUCGGCCAGGAGCGCAUUAUUCUGAGAUCUGCGGAUAUGAUAGCGCUUGUAUCGAACUUGGCCCAUUAUUUAGAAUUCCUAUCACGGUUACUAAACCAAUAAGUAUUCGAGAUCCGUUAACACCCAUAUCAGAAAGCCUGACUCUAGAUAAAGGCCAGAUUAAACGUAUGUUUAUUGCAACUCCACCGAAAGCGACUUGGGUUGAAAUAGCACUAACGUCUCUCGAAGAGAGUGGUAAAUUUACCAUGGUAUUAGAUGUGUCGCACUUACACAAGGACAAGUCAUUUAAAUAUCAAUUUAGUAAUAAUCGUGUCGCAUUAGGCUGUGGAGAAACUAAAAAUAUUACUUUUAAAGUUGAGGGGGAAAAAACUUUAGAGUUAUGUUUGACCAGUUGGUGGUCAACACGAGAGAGCAAAAAAAUAAAGUAUGCUAUAACAUUUCACAGCCUUUUACCGAACGAAAGAAACGUAGCAAUGGAAAAUUCAUGUGAAGUGCGUCCUAAUGUCUCAUUACUGAGCGAUCUACUAUAUGAGGCAUUAUAUGAAUCUCAACUUUGGAUGAUAUUCGAUAAGAACAAGCAACACAUUGCUUCUGGUGAUGCCUUUCCUCAUCAGUAUAAAGUAAAGUUAGACAAAGGGGACUAUAUAUUAAAAUUACAAGUUCGUCAUGACAAACGAGACCUCUUGGAACGUUUAAAGAAUAUACCAGUACUUUUAGAGCAUAAACUUGCUAAUUCCGUUUCGUUAGAUGUCUAUUCAUCUCAGCUGAAAGCAUUAUCUGGAGGGUCAAAAAUAUCAAAUAACUAUUGGCUCAACAAGAACAAUACUGCAGUACUUUACUUCGCACCUCUCGAUGAUGAUAAACUACCGAAGGGUGCAAAGCCUGGAAUGUAUUUAACUGGAACAAUAUCUUAUUCCAGUAGUGGAAAAUCGGCAAACAAUGAUUUUGAAGCGGCACAUAAGAAAUUUAUGUUAUCCUGGUUAACCAGAAUGGAUUUUGAACAUGGAGAUAAACUGUACAAGGACCUAGAACAAAAGUACGAGGAUGAUCUUUCGCUUAAAGUUGAGAGAAUGAAAAUGUUAGAUGUAGCAGCAAAUAAACAUGGAUCCGUUGAAGCUUUUGAAAAUGUUAUAAAAGCAGCUCAGUGCAUUAUCGAUUUGAUCGAUACAAAUGCCUUACUGAAUUUUUAUGGUAUGAUAUCAGAUUUAUCCGAAAAUGCAGCUAAAAAGAAAAGUGAAAUGGACGAAAAGAAGAAAUACCUCACCGAAUCACUAAUAUGCAAAGGAAAGAAUAUGGGAUUAUUAGCUAAGCAACUAGAAUGUCUAGAAGAAGAAUCAGCUCGAUAUCAAGCGACUGUAUCGGCUAUGAACGAUGUCUACUGCGAAUUAUCUAAAUGGAUAGACCUUAAAAACCAUAGGGCCCUUGCUUUUAUUUUGGUCCAUGCAAUAACAUUAAAACAAUAUGCAAGAGCCAUAGAUGUUGGAGAAACUGAACUGGCAUCACAUUGCAAAUUGUUACAAGCGUCUGAUAUUGAAGAAAUAUCCUAA